AUAAGGGUUAACAUGCAGCGAUAAAUAACUGUUUAAUUCCCGAUUUUUUAGUCCAUUUUAUAGUUAUUCGUGUUUUCCAGUUAUAAUCAUAGCACAUGGAAGUUAUAACAAACUUAUAAAGAUGUUAGUAUUAUAAUUUGUCAGUGAAUCUCAGCGAAAUGGAUCGGAAUCGGCCAGAUAAAAUCGAAGGACAUGACGUUCAGGAUCAAAAUAAAAAGGAGGCAUCGGAAAAUGCUAAGCAUCAGGACCUAAAGCAGGAAGUAAUGGAAGUUCAAGUUGGGGAUCCGGCAGUCAACCGGAUUUCAAUCGCAGUAAAGGAUCAUAAGAUCUUGGAAGAAUACUUUGGGAUUGAUCAGGAAAAGCUGCUAACUGACAAACGGAAUGGCAAGAUGACACUAAGUGAAAUUCUGGAGCAAAAGGAUCUGCAGGGGCGAGCUGAGGAUAACCAACAAAAGCAGGAUGUGGGCAGCCAGUUGCCAGCGGGGAAUCCCGAUAAUGCCGCCACCCAAUCGAGCCCACUUCGUCCGAGUCGCGUGAUUCCACCCAUGCCGUCGGAGGAAACGAUGCGCCACGCCAUAGCCGACAACCUGAUGGAGAUCCUGGUAAAUAUGACUAAUCCGCAGCGUCGACAGCAGUGCUUCUCCCUCUUGCAGGUGGGCGACGCUCUGCAGGCACGCAGUCGCAUCCUGGGCAUCCUGCAGCGAAUCGACGAGGGGCGCACAACCCGCAGAUGAAGAGUCAUUGCAGAUGGGGAUCUACAUCGUAAUGGUACUUCUACAAAGCCUGG